AUGAAGUGUGCAAUAUCACUCACCUUUCCUUUCCUUCUGUUUGCCUUGGCAUCAGCAAGGUUCGUGGAUCCGCCUGUGCCAGUCGUUGACUCGAAAGGUGUUCCUCUUUCUGCUGCUGAAGAAUACUACGUGACGCAGCUCAACAGUGGUCCAACAGCCAGUGGAUUACAACCUGGUGUUGAACGCGAUGUGAAAUGUCCGCUGAUUGUUAUGCAGGAUUAUAAUCCGGCGAUUCUUGGGGAGAAAGUGAAGAUCACGAUGCGAGGAGUAAAUUCAAAGACGAUCAUGACUGGAACACCGUUAGAUAUUGCGUUUGUGAACAAACCUUCGUGUGCUUCAUCGUCGAAGUGGGUGGUUGUUAAUGAAAAGCAGUAUUCUGGAGAAUGGUUGGGUAUUGGUGGCACCACAGAUCUUGGAGCGGAUAAGAAGAUCGUAGAUGGAGUGUUUAAGAUUGAGAAAUACUUGUUUGUUGAGGGUUACAAGUUCGUGUUCUGUCCCAGCAGCUCCACCAAAUGCUUCGACUUUGCGAGACGUGAAGAGAAAAACGGAAAGCGUUUGAUCUUGGUGAAUGAGACUACGUCUCCUUUCAUCUUUGAAGCUGAAUUUGUAAAAGCAGUUAAGCAAAAGUCAUCAAGCUUCUUGUUCUAGAUAUUUAUCUGUGUUGAGUUGCUUAAACCAGUUUUUUCUUUUAUUAAUAAACAUGAU